GUCUGCCAUCCGCACGUCUGGCUGCCCCUAACCUCACCGUGGAGGAAGGAAAUUCGGUCACACUUUCCUGCAGUGUGGCGGGUGAUCCACUCCCCACGCUGUACUGGGAUGUUGGGAAUUUGGUUUCCAAACACAUGAAUGAAACGAGCCACACACAGGGCUCCUUAAGGAUAACGAACAUUUCGUCUGAUGACAGUGGGAAGCAAAUCUCUUGUGUGGCAGAAAACCUCGUAGGAGAAGAUGAAGAUUCUGUGAACCUCACUGUGCAUUUUGCACCGACCAUCACAUUUCUCGAAUCUCCAACCUCAGACCACCACUGGUGCAUUCCAUUCACCGUGAGGGGCAACCCCAAGCCCACGCUCCAGUGGUUCUAUAAUGGGGCAAUAUUGAACGAAUCCAAAUACAUCUGUACUAAAAUUCACGUUACCAAUCACACGGAGUACCAUGGCUGCCUCCAGCUGGAUAAUCCCACCCAUAUGAAUAAUGGAGACUACACUCUGAUGGCCAAGAACGAGUACGGGAAGGAUGAGAGACAGGUCUCUGCUCACUUCAUGGGCCGACCUGGAAUUGAGUAUGACCCAAACCCAAAUUAUCCUGAAGACCUCUAUGAAGACUGGACCGCAGCAACUGACAUCGGUGAUACGACGAACAAAAGCAAUGAAAUCCCCUCCACGGAUGUUGCUGACCAGAGCAGUCGGGAGCAUCUCUCGGUCUAUGCCGUGGUGGUGAUUGCCUCUGUGGUGGGAUUCUGUCUGCUGGUGAUGCUGCUUCUGCUCAAGUUGGCAAGGCAUUCCAAGUUUGGCAUGAAAGGCCCAGCUUCUGUCAUCAGCAACGACGACGACUCAGCCAGCCCCCUCCACCACAUCUCCAAUGGGAGUAAUACUCCAUCCUCUUCAGAGGGCGGUCCUGAUGCUGUCAUCAUUGGAAUGACCAAGAUUCCUGUUAUUGAAAACCCCCAGUACUUUGGCAUCACCAACAGUCAACUCAAGCCAGACACAUUUGUUCAGCAUAUCAAGCGGCACAACAUCGUUCUCAAGAGGGAGCUGGGGGAAGGCGCCUUUGGAAAAGUCUUCCUCGCUGAGUGCUAUAACCUCCGUCCUGAGCAGGAUAAGAUCCUGGUAGCCGUAAAGACGCUGAAGGAUGCCAGUGACAAUGCCCGCAAGGACUUCCACCGUGAAGCUGAGCUGCUGACCAACCUCCAGCAUGAGCACAUUGUCAAGUUCUAUGGAGUCUGUGUGGAGGGCGACCCACUCAUCAUGGUCUUUGAGUACAUGAAGCAUGGAGACCUCAACAAGUUCCUUAGGGCACAUGGGCCGGAUGCGGUGCUGAUGGCAGAGGGCAACCCGCCCAGCGAGCUGACGCAGUCUCAGAUGCUGCAUAUCGCACAGCAAAUUGCAGCAGGCAUGGUCUACCUGGCGUCCCAACACUUUGUGCACCGUGACCUGGCCACCCGGAACUGCCUGGUGGGGGAGAACCUGCUGGUGAAAAUUGGGGACUUCGGCAUGUCCCGGGACGUGUACAGCACCGACUACUACAGGGUUGGUGGCCACACGAUGCUGCCCAUCCGCUGGAUGCCUCCAGAGAGCAUCAUGUACAGGAAAUUUACCACUGAGAGUGACGUCUGGAGCCUGGGGGUCGUGUUGUGGGAGAUCUUCACCUAUGGCAAACAGCCCUGGUAUCAGCUAUCAAACAACGAGGUGAUAGAAUGCAUCACCCAGGGCCGAGUCCUUCAGCGGCCUCGCACUUGCCCCCAGGAGGUGUAUGAGCUGAUGCUGGGAUGCUGGCAGCGGGAGCCACACAUGAGGAAAAGCAUCAAGGGCAUCCACACGCUCCUCCAGAACUUGGCCAAGGCAUCUCCCGUCUACCUGGAUGUCCUAGGCUAG